CACAAUUUUGACUCCAAAUCGAGCAAGCAACUGGUAGUAGCACUACUAGUACUCUCAUCAUCAUCAUCAUCAUGUUUCAACUCCUCCCCGUUACAGAGGCCGACCUCUCCUCUAUGGUCGAGUUGUGGUACGACGCCUUUGGUGAUCCCAUCAAUCGGCGGCUGUAUCCCGAUACCCCCGGAGCGCGCGCCUGGCUAGAGGACUACCACCGCGCCAGUCUGCAAUCCCCUGAUCAACACUAUCUUAAAGUUACCACAGAUCAUAGUACCUGGUCGACCUCUCCCCUCGUAGCAUUUGUGAAAUGGGACUUCAACACCACCUCUCCAGGUCACCACUUUCCCCCGCGCCAUGUCGAUUUCGACUGGAUCUUUUGCGACACGUUCUUCGGGGGGCUGGACCAGGCGCGACGGACCAUCAUGGGCUCGCGUCCGCACUAUUAUCUGGAUGCCCUGAUCACCCACCCGGAUUAUCGCCGGCAGGGAGCGGCAUCAAUGCUCAUCCAGUGGGGAUGUAAGCGUGCUGAUCAGGACGGAAUCCCCAUCUGGGUGGAUUCCAGUCAGGAAGGGGCCCGGAUCUACCAGCGCUUUGGGUUUCGCGAUGUCAGUGUGUUGGGGCUGACUCCGACCGGCGCCAUGUCCAUGCUGCGGGAUCCCGUUGGUGGUGAUGCCGCGUAGUAGCUAGCAAAGUGUGGGAAUUUUCAUGUAUCUAGCUAACCCGAGUAGUUCUAUUACCACCAUCGCUCUCUUACAAUGGUUCGGGGCCCCUGAGCGGCUGCAUCUCAAUAUACUCG